CAUUUGCCAGCUAUCACCAUCCCUACUCGACCAGAACCACCACUUUAUUAUCUGGUGGCCAUAUUCAGUUUCGCUGCAACCUUGCGAUAAAUCUCCGGCCUAAAAGGCAAUGCUCCUGUGGACGUGAUCUAUUCCGCGACUAGACUAGACCCGUUACUACCUGAAUAUACGUGCCUAGCAUGGCUUCCGCAGCACCGAGCCAUCACGCCCACGUCGAUGACCACGACGAUGAGUCGAUUCUUGAUGACGAUCUGAUUGACGCUGAUGAUGCCAUCGAAGCCGAUGACCCCCUACACAAUGACUCCGAUAGGACCCCAUUAAGAGGAAACAUCCAACCCAGUUCCUCUGGAUCUAGAGGCGACAAUAUCUCCGGCAACUACCUCACGUCGACAAUCCCCGGGGAGGACCGCCGCGCGACUCAGAAUACCAUCGACGAGACAGUCUGGCAGACACUGUCGCGCGAUCUACUAGCUGUUUGGGAGAAAAUGCGACAGGUUCUGUACCCCAAGUAUUUGAUGGGGGGCAUUAUGCAGCGCAGUGGUGGGGGAAUUGGCGCCGCGGAGCGAGGGGAGGCUACUGGGUUUGGCGGUGGUUUGAGGAAUAUCGUGGGGCGCUGGCCGGAUGCCGAUGUCGUCUUGCAAGGUGGAAUGAGUGAAGGAUUGCGGGAUUGGGAUCUUUGGGGCCCGCUUAUUUUCUGCUUGCUUUUGAGUAUGUUCUUGUCGAUGCGCGCGAGCGAGGACCAGUCUUCAAUUGUCUUCUCUGGGGUCUUCUCUAUUGUAUGGAUUGGAGAAGCGGUUGUGACGCUACAGAUUAAACUAUUGGGUGGAAAUAUUUCAUUCUUCCAAUCAGUCUGCAUCAUCGGAUACACGCUCUUUCCUCUGGUCAUUGCCGCCCUUCUCAGCGCACUCCGUCUCCCGACCAUCGCCCGGAUACCGGUGUAUUUGGUCCUGAUCGCCUGGUCUCUGGCUGCGGGGAUCAGCAUUCUAGGUGGCUCGGGUGUUGUGAAGAACCGAGUCGGCAUCGCAGUAUUCCCGUUGUUCGUGUUCUACAUUGCUAUUGGGUGUCUCUGUUUCAUCAGCUGAAGGAGAUAAGAGAAGCGAUGAAUGGUGGCUCUAUGGAAUCGCAGGCGAAUGGACUCCCGUCCUUCCUGGCCGCCUUAUGGAACAGAGCGAGAUAGUAUGGUGAUGUGUGUUGUGAUUAAAAUGAUUACUUUUCUUUUGCCUCUGCCAUGCCGAAUGC